UUACUGACUCAGUAGUAUCACAGCAGCCUGAAUACGCACUCACCCUCUCUCUCUCUCUCUCUCUCUCUCACACACACACACAAACACACAGCAAGAUCGAGGACGUGAGAAAGAGUAAGUUUGCAGGAGAGAAGCAAAGAAACCUUCGACUAGGCUCUGUUCUCUGGUUCUCCCGGGUGUUUGGCAUCCCUGAUAUGACCCUGUUUAGCCCAAGAUACAUGAGCAUGAGUGGAGAGUUGAAGUCCAGCCGCUCCAGGGCAGCGAGUAAGAGGGCCAGCAACACCACUUACGGAUCUGAGUUGGACCUGGACUAUGACAGCUACCACGAGGACUACUAUGACAGGGUGUAUGACUACCAGCGUGUGCCAGCAUCCCUGUCUCCCCUGCCUCCCCUGGGACCCAGCCUGGCCAAGCGAUCCCGUUCCUCCUCCUACUCCACCGGGUACAGACGCAGUCGAGACAGAACCCACUCCAAAAGCUCCAGAACCCACUCCACUAGUUCAUCUACAGCCAAGUUGGGCAUGGAAGAGUUGCAGGUGAUUAAAAAGGAGCUGACUCUGAUAAAGACGCAGAUCGAUGGGCUGCUUGACAGUCUUGACAGGAUGGACACACAGAAGAACGACCACAAAGGGUCUCCCCUGAGAGAGGACAGUCCAGCUGGCUCACCGUACGCUCUGUCUGCCAGCAGCCCCGAGCACUCCCUCUCCUCCCUCUCUCCACCCAGCUCCCGCCAUCGAAUCCACAGGGAGAGCCCUGACCUGAGGGAGCCCGAGGAUGAACACCACACGGUAAAUACACCCCAAGUCUAUGAGCAACCACAGCUCUGACCCUGAGGAGGAAAUAUGAGGGAGGAAAAUGAGAACACGUAGACGAUGUGGAUCAAGUGCCAAACAUGGAGGAAGAGACCAACAAUCCACUGAGCCAACAUUCAUAUCAGAGGCUCAACUUCCCAACAGGGUGUACAUAUCCGAAAACAAUACAUUUAAUUCUAUCAGAGUAGCUCAGUUUCUUUGAUUGUACUUUCAAGCAAAACAAAAACACUGACACAGGUGACGUAUACACACCGAGUACGUGCAAAUCCGACUGAGAAGAAUUUGUUAUGUUAUGAGAGAGUGAGAGGGAGAGAGUAUUCAGAGAGUAAUUACAAAGGACACCCGGAAGCAUGGUGGUGAAUUAAACUUUUUAUAAUCCUGCCUAAGCAGUGAAUUUCCACGAACACCAAUAUUCCAGUAUUAAUCCAAAUAUUGCUUUAUUAAUCCAAAUGAGACAAUAGGGCUCUCUGAUUAAAACAUUAUGUAAGCUGCUUACCAGUUUAUCGUUUUCAAAUUAAAAGCCUUCCACUGAAACAGGCAGUAUGUGUGUAGCUAGAGGUGCUAUGUUUCUGCUACUUCACCAGUUUCUCCCAACAGAGAAACAGCAAAGGGAUACAACAUUAAAAGGAAAUUCUGGAUAUCUGUUUAUAAGGGACCUUUAAUUAGAUAAAAAUACAAAUGAUAUAGAUCCAGGGAUAUUAAUGAAGCACGGGUUAUAAACCAGACAAGCAGCUUGCUUAAGUAUUAUCGUUUUCAGAAUGUAACUGGAAUAUUGUGUGCAUGCACUGUUAAAUGAAAAUCCUGUCUGUGGAAGUGUUUUGAAGAAAUCUGUACGCUUUCAAAUUAGAUCCUUCAAGAGGGACUUUUGUUUAGGCUCGACUCACUUUUUUCCUCUUUUUUAUAUACUUAUAAGAUAACAGAAUUUAGCUAUUCAAAGUAAAUCACAGUAAUCCUUGACAGAUAGGCACACUGAUGAUUCAGGAGAGAAACCGAUUGUUUUCUGCUUGCAAAUAUCAGUAUGCUACGUCUCUGAGUGUAACUCUCUGAAAGAAAUGUUAUACAAAUGACCUUGUUAUGUCACACCAAGUGUUUUCUCUACUUUAAAUGUAUUCGAGGAAUGUUACAGCUCUCUUCCGCCAUGUGUUUGGUACUUUAAGAUGUGGAAAGACCCAGGUCCGUGUGUAAUAUUGUGUAUUAUUGUAAACUUUACUGUGAUUGUCAAAUUGUCUGAUUUUAAUCUUGCUUUAGGACUUCUCAUGUGUUUUUUAAAGAAAAUAAUGGUGUUAUUAUAAUUCCUAUGGUGUUACAUGUUUUUGUUUGCAUUCUUAAGAUAAGCCAAGUGGAAAUACUCAUUGUCACAGUAGUAAAAGUAUUUUCAUAUUGAGUAUAAAUACA